AUGGAGGGAAUCAACGCAGACACCAAGCUCGAGUCGCUCACCGAUGCGCAGCGUCUCGAGCUCGCCGAAAAGGUGCGCGCCGAGUCCACGGCGGGUCAGCCGCUCAUCUCGUCCGUAGAGCCCAUCGAGGUGCUCGAGCACGAGUACGCCAACAACGACGCCUUCCUCGGCAAGAUCCAGUGGCUCAAGGAGGCGGGCUUCAUUGGUAUCCGACGCGCCAAGGGGGAUGGCGACUGCUUCUACCGCGCGUUUGCCUUUGCGUUUAUCUACAAGCUCAUGAUGAUGAACGAUCGACCCAUGCAUCACUUUACCGUCAAGCACGUCGAUUCGACGCUGCAUCUGCUCAAGGAGGCUGGAUACGACGAGAGCGUGUAUACCGACUUUUACGAGCCGCUGCGCAAUCUGCUCAACCGCAUGUACUCGACGGAUCCAGAAACCAAGGAGCUCAACGAAAGCGCCCUCGUCGAAGCCAUGAACGACGCCGAACAAUCCAACUCGAUCGUCGUCUAUCUGCGUCUGCUCACCUCGGCGUUCCUCAAGCUCAACGCCGACGAGUAUACGCCGUUCCUGUUUUCGCUCGACACGCACACCGACGCCGCCGCGCCCGACAUGCAGUCCUUCUGCGCAAACCACGUCGAGGCCAUCGGCAAGGAGGCGGACCAUGUACAGAUCACCGCGCUCUCGCGUGCACUCAAGGUCUCGCUCGACGUCGCAUACCUCUCGCCCGCACAAGCACCGCCCGCCACACCGCUCGACGAAGACUUCCCCGCCGAACAGAUCCAGUCGUCGGAAACCAAGCAACAGUCGUCAAACUCAAUACCCGUCCCCGGCAACGAGGCCGCCUCGCGCAGACACGCCGCCGACAACCCCAACCGCUGCGACGUGGUCCGCUUCGAAGUCGAGGGCGGCCAGAUCACCGAAAUCGGAACCAUGCUCCUCAGACCAGGCCACUACGACCUCCUCGUCCAGGCGCCCACCCCCGCCUCCCCAGAACCCGAAAUCCCCGCCAUCCUCUCCACCUAA